GUCAUGCGCUGCAGCGAGCGGGCGCACCAUUAAGAGCCGGUGGCAAACCCCCCCCCCCUAAAAAACGCUUGAUUUGCAACACACGGAUGCUGAUGCUGAUGAUGAUGGUGAUGAUGAUGAUGCUGCUGCUGCCACACCACCCGGAUCGGACACACUCUCCCCGACAAGCGGAAUUAUUAGUAAUAGCUGCGCUUAUGUAAUCGAUACGCCGGCUUGCUUUGAAGCUUUUUGCUUUUUGUCAUUUCACUUGACAGAAACACGCUGCGCGCCGCGUGCGGUCUUUCUCAUCUGUCCCGAUGCGACGCGCGUGAUGGUCGCAGUGGGACGGACGGUCCUUCAUUCCACCCAGGAGGCUUUUUUUAUUUGUUGUAGGACGCUUCUGCGCCCCUUUCCCCGCUGACCUGAGCAGUGGUAAUUAUUUACCACAUCUUGCUCUUUUCUCUUGAGUAAAUGAUCCGGAUCCAGAAGAAUAAGUCCACGCGGGCUUCGUUUUUUUUCUUUAUCUUUUGCUGUAGUGGGAUUUGAUUUAGCGAUCUUCCAAAGAGGAAAACCACCGGUGGGAGUCAAUUUUGAACUGUGACUGUUUUUUUGGAGGGGUAAGAAGGGCCUAUACAGACUUCACCCACCCCCCCCCCACUGACUCCCCCACCCUCCCCAUCCCAAAAAAAAAAAAAACUCUGCAGGGUUUCCUCCUCCUCAGUCCAGAGGAAUAUCUCCAAGUCCAAGGGGGUUACUGCUGCUGCUCCGACGGGCUCUGAUCGGCUCUCAUCCGGGGAGGGGGGCGGGCGGGUGGGGGGGGGGGGGAGAGGAAUGGUGGCCGCGCCGCAGAUCCACGCAACUCUUUCUCAGUGUUUGGCAUUUUUCGCAGGCGAGCAUCUUGACUUGUGAUCGAGAGAGACGCGGACUGCAGCAGCCCUCCGGAAAAAAAAAUUAAAAAAAAUCCCCCCCCUCCCCUUCUUUCACAUGGAGAUCUGUGCCGCGCUCCUGCUGCAAAACCUGACAACGGGCACCGGGGCCCUGCUGGCUUCUCCUCCGCCGCUCGCCGCCACGAUCUCCUUCAUUCGGAAAAAUGCAGAACACAAACAGCAGAUGAACUAUGAAUGGUGAACAAAAUGAUCUCCUCCCUCCAGCGCCAGACAAUGAGAGGUCGUAGGCUGAAGGGGGCGCUGUCCAACCCCCUCUUUGUGCUGCUUCUGGCCCUCCAGAUCCUGGUGGUGGCCGGGCUGGUCAGAGCGCAGACUUGUCCUUCCGUCUGCUCAUGCAGCAAUCAGUUCAGCAAAGUCAUAUGCACCCGCCGCAGCCUGCGGGACGUCCCAGAUGGCAUUUCGACAAACACUCGCUACCUGAACCUCCAGGACAACCUAAUCCAGGUCAUCAAGGUGGACAGUUUUAAACACCUGCGCCAUCUGGAGAUCCUGCAGUUGAGCAAAAACCACAUUCGCAACAUUGAAAUUGGCGCCUUCAAUGGACUGGCCAGCCUCAACACCUUGGAGCUCUUUGAUAAUCGGCUUACGACAAUCCCCAAUGGAGCAUUUGAGUACUUGUCCAAGCUGAAGGAAUUGUGGCUACGGAACAACCCCAUCGAAAGUAUACCAUCUUAUGCCUUCAACCGGGUCCCCUCGCUCCGAAGGCUGGAUCUAGGCGAGCUCAAACGUCUCUCCUACAUUUCUGAAGGAGCCUUCAAGGACUUGAGCAACCUGCGCUACCUAAAUCUGGGAAUGUGCAACCUCAAGGAGAUCCCCAACAUCUCACCCUUGGUCAGGCUCGAGGAGCUGGAAAUGUCUGGAAACCAGCUGUCCGUUGUGAAGCCCAGCUCAUUUUUAGGAUUGGUGAACCUCCAGAAGCUGUGGAUGAUGCACGCCCAGGUCCAAACUAUCGAGAGGAACUCCUUCGACGACCUUCAGUCAAUGGUGGAGCUCAACCUGGCUCACAACAACCUCACCUUUCUACCACACGACCUCUUCACGCCACUGCAUCGCUUGGAGCGGGUCCACCUCCACCACAACCCCUGGAACUGCAACUGUGAUAUCCUGUGGCUCAGCUGGUGGCUGAAGGAGACGGUACCUGCCAACACCAGCUGCUGCGCCCGUUGCCAUUCUCCUGCGGUCUUUAAAGGUCGCUACAUUGGGGAAUUGGACCACAGCUACUUCCAGUGCGAUGUUCCCGUCAUCGUGGAGCCACCCAGCGACUUGAACGUGACAGAGGGCAUGGGCGCCGAGCUUAAAUGUCGUACAAGCUCGCUGACGUCCAUCAGCUGGCUCACGCCAAACGGCUCGUUGGUGACCCACGGGGCUUACAAGGUGCGUCUCUCUGUACUCAAUGACGGGACGCUGAACUUUACUAGCGUCACGAUGCAGGACACUGGGACUUACACCUGUAUGGUUAGCAACACAGCGGGCAACAUUUCUGCCUCCGCUGUGCUUAAUGUCACUUCUGUGGAAAACAGUGGGGUGACCUAUUUUACCACAGUCACCGUGGAGACCAUUGAGACCCCGGGGGACGAUAGCCAAACGCCGCUUCCCCCAUUUGGCUGGGUGUCAUCCUCCACGACGAGAGGUACUCCCGUUUCAACAAAGACCACAGAGCGGACUUACACAAUUCCAGUUCUCGACCCAGAUGGAGAGGGUCCCCUCAACGGUCUGGAUGAGGUGAUGAAAACCACCAAGAUUAUCAUCGGCUGCUUCGUGGCCAUCACGCUCAUGGCUGCUGUGCUUCUGGUCAUUUUCUACAAGAUGAGGAAGCAGCACAACCAGCAGGAUCCCGAUGGCCCCGCCUCCUCCAUGGAGGUCAUAACAGUUGAAGAAGAGCUCGCAGGUGUCGCUGCCAUGGAGAGGCACCUAUCGAUGCCCCCCCUGGAGCACUACAACCACUACAACACCUACAAGAGCUCCUACCACCACGGUCCUAUGCUCAGUACCAUACACAGCUCGGUCACACAGGAACCUUUACUGAUCCAAGCCUGCUCAAAAGACAAUGUACAAGAGACCCAGAUCUGAUCUUGAAUUUGACUAAGCAUCCAGUAUCAGCAGUUUCAUACUAGGAGUACAAUGGACCAAAAGCUGGAGAUAAAAAGGAGUCAAAAUUACAUUGACUUUGAUCACAAAAGCGAUGGCGAUGAAUCAGCAUUUGGAAAAAGGGACAACAUGUGAUACUUUAACGAGUGUCUUUACAAAAACAAAGAUUAUUUAUUAUAAGUACGUCUAGUGGCUAAAUGAAGAAAAAACUUUUGUGAUAGCUUUUUAGCUCAUUUUAUUUCCCUCUCUCUCUCUCUCUCUCUCUCUCUCUCUCUCUCUCUCUCUCUCUCUCUCUCUCUCUCUCUCUAUGUCUCUCUCUCUCUCUCUUUCUGUGUGUGUGUGUGUGUGUGUGUAAUACUGCACAAGGGAAGGAAUGGUUUGCAAAAUGUGAACGUGUAAUCUAUCAAAUGCAGCUCGUGUGAAACCGCGGUACGAUUUGGCCUUGAACAGAGAGGCCAUUGAUUUCAUCCUGUGAUUUGACCUGAUAAAAAAGUGCGUUGCUUCAGUAUCUAAAAGCAUCCAUGUGCGUUUCAGCUGCUCAGCCUACCACGUCCAAUGUCGGCAGAGGUUUAAGAGAGAGAGACAAAAACCCAGAAUGGGGUCAUGUUCAUUGCCGUCAUAUUCAAGCUGUCACUCAAUGCAAAAUGGGUUCUUUUAAUGACACAGCUCCGGAUGAUAUCACAGUGAAGCCAGCAUGCCUGAGGAGCACAGCAGCCAAAUUAGUAACUGUGCAUUUCCCCCGUGGCUCCUAAACAACAGCCAUACGUCCUUCACUUUAAUUAAGAUUAGGUUUUCGCUCCCUCUCCUCCUUCCCACCGUUUCUCUUUUACACGUCAACCUUUACUACUUCCCUCUCUUUUCCACUGCUCCUCUCCUCUGAGUGCUUCGCCCACCCCACCCACCCUCUCUCCUUCCCUCCGCGUCCUCUGGUUUUCUUUGAUUGUCUCUCCGUCACCUGGCUGAGGCACGUCCCUCCCCCCCGCCUCCCCCCCCCCCCCUCCUUCGCCGUGUCUCAUUUGUCUCGCUCCGCCCGGUCUGGCGCGUGCCGCACGGCGGCGGAAUAUUUGCCCGGCUAAAAUGAAGGGGGGGGAGCAUAAGGCUGCAGUCUGUAGCCUCCGUGUUAACCCAGUAAUGAUCUACGUCCACUCAGCGUCGCGUUACCUUGCCAUCGCCCCCCGGGGGUCACGCCAAGCUCAGGCGCUGAUGGUCCAUCUGUUACGGAGAUAAAGAGGCAAAUGAGGCUGCUUUGUAAUGUAGUGUGACCCUGUCAGACUGACGCAGUCUGGGGCUAACGCAGGCAGCGAGGCAGUUAGGGAACCUGCAACAAAAUAAGGGGAGCUGGGUUAUAGCUCAUUAAUCUGUAUCAGCAGUUAAUUUGCAGACGAACAGAGGAAAAGCUGAUAACAGAGCAGCGGGAGACUUUUCCACUCUCCCCGUGCCCAACAUCUAACCGGGGGUAGAGGCCUUUGAUAUCGAAAAAGCAACCCUCGCUCAGUCUCAUUUUUGUCUGAGAGAAAUGUGCCCGCUUUGAUGUCGCUGAUCAUUUAUAGACCAUCAGAACAUUGUCUCUCCUGUAGUCUGUUUACGCUUUGCUUUUUUUUUUUUUUUUUUUCAUUUACUCUUUCAAAGAGGGGGGCUCAGGGAAGAAGGAUGCAGGGAUGAAAAGUGAAGAACGGUGGGUGGGGAAGUGUGUGUGUGUGUGUGUGGGGGGGGGGCAGACUCACGAUGGCCAUGAGGGGUCUUCAAACAGAUAUAUGACAGAUAUGAAGGGGGGGGAGAAAGAAGAUAAGAAAUAAGGAGGCAAAACUAGCCAUCAGACUGUCGUCAUGGAAACAGUGACCCUGUGCAGAAAGUAAGAAGAGGUAGAUUCCUCUCGCUUUGGUCUCUGCGCAACGAGCGUAUUUGAAUUUCCCACUGGUCGAUUUCACAAAUGCGACAGAUUAGUCGACGGCGUGUGCAUUUACAAAUGGACUCGAUGAGAUUCGACAAGUUGCGUGACGUCAGCUUUUUUUAUCAGAGCGGCGCGCCGUUUCAGGUUUGCAAUUGAAAUAUCGCCCGGCAACGGUGUGAAGAAUGUGACGCCGCCGUCCGGGAGCUCCUCUCGCGUUAUUGAUUUUCACCCCGGUGAAGACAGCUUGCCGUAGAAAGCACCGUCGCUCACGCGAAAAUCAUGCCGCCUGUAAUCGCUCAGUCUCUUAAAUGUAUUUUUGAUGCUAUACCAUGGAGGAAUGGCGAGCAGAGCCGGUGGAGGUGAAUUAUACAUUCAAAAGGCAGGUCAUGUGUGCUGAGGUGGGGGAAAGUGGAGCAGGAACAAGGCAAACACAAACCUAUUCAUCCUUCAUUCAGCCUUUCACCGAGCGCUGCGAGAGAUGAAAGGAGGCGCAGUCAUUGGUCACGUCGUGGAGUGAACCAUUCUUUCCCUUUCCACUGUUUUCUUUUUUCAAUGCUCAAAUCCUUUUCGAUGCUUUCGGUGGCUUAAUGAUUCAAUGUUGACGCUGGCUACAGUGAAAAAAUAAAAAAAAGGUUGAUUUUUUUUUAAUAUAUAUUUGGGGAUGAGGGUUGUGAGCUGUUCAUAAUGAAUGGGAUAUAUCAGUAUUGGUUUUUGCUGGAGCCGGAUGGCUCUAUGUGGAGAGAUAUUUGAAUGCCAGAAUGAAAUUAAGCCUCUGACCCGCAGAAUGUUGGACUUGAAAUACCAGCAGAGUGAGCUUGAUUUUUUGUGUGCAAAACCCCGCCCAAGCCAAGGUGAUCAAAUUAUUGUGUGUUAUCUGCCAACUGUCUAUGUAUAGGGAGGAUUACUGUAUGUGGUAAUAUUCCCUCUCAUUUUUGGAGAGAAUAAUCAUCAAAUGGUUACAUUUAUACGAAAAAAAAAAUAUUUUCAAAAACAUAACGCAAAAAAAAAAAGAUCUUCAGAUCAUAAUUUUACAUGUGCUUCAAUUGUUAAAAAAAAGACAAAAAAGCUAAAGAAAAACAAGAAAAAAAAAUAAGAGACUGUGCUUGUAAGAAGUCCAACUAAUUUCUCUGAGGAUGAUGUUCAAUUAUUGAUACCUGAGAUUGUAGUUCAUACUGUACAUGAAUACAAAUAAAAUUGCAAUUCUUUUUCCAAUAGA